CAGUCGUCACAUGACAGCGACAGCGCGUGAGAUUUUCUUUCGGCAUUUCGGAUGCAGAGAUUAAAAAGUUGGAGAAAAAACGUCGCGCCGGACUAUUUAGCUUUUCCGGAGUGUCGGCUGUAAUUUCACAGUACUUUUAUAUAAUUUGUAUUGAGUGAAAUUUACCAUGGCUACAAUGAGAUAUAUUUUGGGUAGCACAUUUGCGGUCACCUCCUCGAUCACGAUUCUUAUUUUAGUUUUGUAUUAUGUAUUUACUGGCAAAGGAGAGCAAAUUAGCAUUGCAUGGUUCUUGUCAAAUACUUCUCCAUAUAUGUGGGCUACAUUGGGCAUAGGUUUGUCAGUAGCUUUGUCUGUAGUAGGCGCAGCAUUAGGUAUCCAUACGACAGGAGUAUCUAUUGUUGGUGGAGGUGUAAAAGCACCUAGGAUCAAAACAAAGAAUUUGAUUUCUGUGAUAUUCUGCGAGGCUGUAGCUAUCUAUGGUCUGAUUACUGCCAUUGUUCUGUCUGGAAUGCUCGACAAAUUCGAUGAAAAGGAGAUUAUGAAUAACGAACCGCUUAAGAAUCAGAACUGGUUGGCUGGAUACUUAAUGUUUGGUGCUGGUUUUUCCGUUGGUUUGGUCAAUCUUUUCUGUGGCAUAGCAGUUGGCAUUGUAGGCUCCGGCGCAGCUCUUGCCGAUGCGGCAAACUCUGCUCUUUUCGUGAAGAUUCUUAUAGUUGAGAUUUUUGGUUCUGCUAUAGGACUUUUUGGCUUAAUUGUCGGUAUUUAUAUGACUUCCAAAGUGAAGAUGGGUGACAAGCUAUAAAUGAUAAGAGAUCACAAUAUUCCAUUCCAUAUUUAGUCAUCAAUAAAAAAUUUCGAAAAGAAUAAUUGCAUAUUUAUGAAAUUGUCAUGAAAUGAUAAAAAAUUUCUAGAUACCAAUAUAUGAAUUUGGUAUAUUAUUGCGUAUCUAUACAAUUUCACUUAUGCAACUUUCAUGAUGAUCUAAUUUAACAUUCAUCCUGAUAUCUAUAACUAUGAAUGUUGUGCUUUGUUGUCUAUGUUAUUAAACAUAUCUUUCCAUUUCUUUUGAAAGAGAAAAACAACUGAGCUUAAGUAUAUGUUACAUAAUAGAGAUAUGAAUUUUUAUCAAUAUUAGAAAACAAUAUAAUUUUUUGUCUCACAUGUUGAAUAUGUUAUAGCGCUUAGUUUUACACAAGUCAAUGUACAUAUUUUCUUGUUCACAUGUGUGAGUAAUAGAGUAAUAUAAAAUAACAUUUGUAAUAAUUUAUCCUCAUAUAUACAUAUAUAUCAUAUAUAUAAUCACUAGUUAAUUAUAUUAGAAAAAUUGUUGGAUGGUUAUAAAAAGUAGCAUCAUAUUAUCAGUUGUGUAUAAAAAAUAUUAAAAAUAUUUAUUCUCAACAAUUGUAUAUAAAAGUUUCUUAUCAAAGGUAGCUCAUUUUGCUUUGCUUUUUGUCUAAUAUUUAAAAAAUGGAGAUAUAAUAUAUGUGUCUACCUCUGAUAUAGGUAACAUGAUUGUAAACAUUUUCUUGUGUAAAUGUAUAAUAUAUCUAUAUAAU